UAACCAAAAAAAACAGAGACAAGAAGAAAAACCCCACAAAACCUUUUGACAACUCUAUCCAUGGCUGUGACAAUGCACGUGAAGUCGGACUCCGAGGUGACGAGCAUGGACCAGGGCUCGUCGCCUCCGCGCUCGCCUCGUAGACCCGUCUACUUCGUCCAGAGCCCCUCGAACCACGACGUCGAGAAAAUGUCCUACGGCUCCAGCCCCAUGGGCUCGCCGCACCACUACUACCACUGCUCGCCGAUCCACCACUCCCGUGAGUCCUCCACCUCGCGCUUCUCCGCUCCCCUCAAGAACCCCAGAAACCCCUCCGCCUGGAAGAAGCUACGGAAGGAGCCAGAGUCCGACGCCGACGCCGACGACGACGACGACGAAGACGGCGUCGGAGGCUUCGGUGGUUUGAGCCGCAAUGUGAGGUUGUAUAUUUGCUUCGUUUUUCUCUUCGUCACGCUCUUCACGGUUUUCUCGUUGAUUCUGUGGGGCGCGAGCAAGAGUUACAAGCCUAAGGUCUUCGUCAAGAACAUAGUGUUCGGGAACUUCAACAUACAGGCGGGGAGUGAUCACUCCGGCGUGGCAACGGAUAUGCUGUCGUUGAAUUCGACGGUCAAAUUGGUGUACAGAAAUCCUGCCACGUUCUUCGGCGUCCACGUCACGGCUACCCCUUUGGAGCUUCACUAUUACCAGCUCCAACUUGCCUCAGGACAGAUGAAAAAGUUUUAUCAGUCAAGGAAGAGCCAGCGAACGGUAGUGACAGUUGUGCUAGGGCAUCAAGUGCCACUCUAUGGUGGGAUUUCUGCAAUUCCAGACCUGAGAGAGCACCAUGUGAAAAUGGCAAUUCCAAUGAACCUAACACUUGUGGUAAGGUCGAGGGCCUACAUUUUGGGAAGACUUGUGAAGUCCAAGUUUUAUAGAAGAGUCAGAUGCUCUGUUACUCUUAGAGGCAAUAGACUCGGCAAACCCCAUAAUCUGACAAAUUCAUGUGUUUACCAGUGAAUGAGUUACACUUGUGUUUGCCAUGUAUAUUGGGUGUCUCAAGUGGGAAAUUCAGUUCUCUUUUUGGCCCGUAGAAAUUUCUUUUUUCUUUUUUGUUUUCAUCUUUACAAAUCCAAUGUACUAGUGUUUUAAUUUUUCCUGUAGCAUCUUGGAUAUUUAAGACCUGCAAAUGGAUGAAGGGACAAUGUAAAUUUCAUUUGUUGUAUGUGAGAUAUAUGAUAACAAGA